AUGGAUCCCGGAACUGCUCUGAGCGUGGCCAGCCUGGUCUUGCAAGUAUCCCAAGGCCUAUAUAACUACUACCAGGUCUGGAAAGGUUGCGAAAAGGACGUCAAAGACCUCCGCACCAGACUCAUAUGGCUCAGUAUAGCUGCAGACAGUAUCAGAGCUGCCUUGAUUCGCCCUGGUCUGCAACGAGAGGACAACACUUUGGUGUUCCGGGCUCUGAACAAAUGCGAGGGCGCUGCUCACGAACUUGAGCAGGCACUCGACAAAGUACAUAAGAUAGAACCAGAGCCUACGAUAGCUCUUCAGAAAUUCAAGGCGAUUGGUGCAAAAGAGGGACGGAAGGCAUUGUAUCCUUUCUGUGAGCCGACCGUCCGGAGCAUUGUGAAAGAGGUCGAAGAGUGCACCAAGGCUUGCGAUAGUGCACUCCAAAUACUCCAUCUUAAUCUCGACAUCAGCACCGCAGAAAAGCUCGAUGCCAUGGAUGGCCGCAUCGCCUCUGGCCUGACAGACCUGGCCUCUGCGCUACGGGACCUCCAGAUCUCAAGCCAGACUCAAAGCAAUACUACAGCACAACACAUCGAAACGCAAUCGACCAGGAACUUGAACGCCACCCAAGAAGCACGCCUCGCGCUCGAGCACAGACACGAUCGCACAGAUUCAUUGCUUCUCACGGCUCGAGAGGAGAAACAGGCCGCGACAAUUAUCGAAAGCUUGGCUUAUCCCGAGAGGGAGUAUCGUAAGCAGCAGAUCGAGUCUGCUAACGAUUCCACGCUAGAAUGGGUCUUCGACAAGAGUGAUACGCGAGACUGCGACCUUGCCGCAUGGCUCGAGACCGGCAACGGUAUAUAUUGGAUCACUGGAAAGCCUGGAUCUGGUAAGUCGACCUUUAUGAAGUUUUUGGCCGAAGACGAGAAGACUGAGGCCUUGCUCGAAUGCUGGAGCAAAGACCACCCUUGUACGAUCAUCAGCCACUAUCUAUGGGUGGCAGGAACGAAGUUGCAGCAUUCAUAUGAAGGAAUGUGGCGUAAUCUGCUGCACCAACUCUUGAGCCUCCGACCUGAUCUGGUGUCUAAAGUAUGCCGUAGACAGUGGAAAUCUGGCAGCAGGCAAUGUAACACCAAGGAUCUUCUGCCAUGUCUCACUGAAGCAGUGAAGUUGUGGAGUAGGAACAUCUGCCUUUUCGUGGACGGCCUUGACGAAUUUAGCCCGGAAAGUGAGCAUCCUACACUCUUGCGGGCUCUCAAAGGACUACAGGCGUUCCCUCAUGUGAAGGUCGUCAUGUCUAGCCGGCCUUGGCCAAUCUUCGAGCGCAGUCUGAAGCUCUAUCACAGCUGUACCAUGGAACGCUUCAAUAGAUCGGACAUUAUAGCAUGUUUGCGGGAUGGAUUCGAAGAAUCAGCCAGUACUAGUGGUCUCCAAUCACUGCACUGGGAGUGCCUAGAGCAGUACGCCCAUUUCGAACGGGAAGGACUUGAGGAGAAUACAAGAUACUUCUGCAGCAUUUGCAAAGAGUGCGUCCCCAACUACGAAGCGGUGCACAUGGCUAAAGACCUGGUGGCGAGAGCAAAUGGCGUCUUCCUUUGGGUCCACUUGAUAAUGAAAAGUAUACGCGCGCGAAUCAUCGGCAGGCGACCCAUCGCGGAGUUGAUAAAAACGGUCGAUGAGUUUCCCAGCGACCUUGAGACUUAUUUCCGCAAACUGAUCUACAGUCGCAUUGGCGAGACCUGGACAGAACAUGGAUUGUAG